UUUAUUGAGGGAAUAUCAUGGAAGAAUCGAUACCUUUUGUAUCUAUUAUUCUAGGGCUAAGGGAAGAAGACAGAGAUAAUUGAGUUUUUUAUAUGAUAUUCGUUAGCUUGCUCUUGAUGUUGUCAUUAAUAACAGUAAUCCUGACGUGAUGGCGGACGACGAAAUUCAUUUUACUAUUCAAAUCUAAGAAGUUGCUGACUACUAUCUUUUUAUUGCUCUUGACCCUCUCAGCAAUUGCAAGGGUUUCAUACUUCAGCACAGAGAUAUAUUGGAGACAUGAUCAAUGAAGUGUUUUUACUUCUAGAUGAAAGGAAGCAUCUGUUUAUUGGCUUUCUGGAACCUUAUUCACUACUGCUAUGAUUGUUUAUCUUUUUAACUGGAUAUACCAGACCCUGAGGAUGAAAAAGUUCAUCACAGGUGUGAGGCAGAAGCAGAUGAAGCAUCAUAUCUGAUUUGUAUCUCUAUUAGCGAUAGAUUUAUUAGCAUAUGCUAUUUUUGUAACUGGUGUCUGAGUUUUUAGGCCGAGCGAGUCGAUUGUUUCGAGACUCUUUUUACUGUUCUAUGGCAUUACUUUCUUGUUAAUUGCACUUGUUUUUAUCUUCAUCGGCAGGAAAUUGUAUAAAGAGUAUAAACGGUUCUUUGAAGAUAAGGCGAAGAAGAUCAGAUUCAAAGUUAUUUUAAGUAUCACCAUUAUUUCAGUUGCAUUUACGGUUAAAGGGUCGGUGAGUUUCGCUUAUUCUUGGGGGAAUAUACUCUAUCGCUACAGAGCUGAAUGGUUAAAAACAAAUUCAUUUUGGUACCCAUUCCUCAUCUUCUUAUACUUUACGAUUACAGAAAUCUUUCCUACAAUCUUUUUAUGAAUGGGAGUCAGGAGUAUUGCCCACCAGCUACACAAAAAGAGGCAUGAAGAUAUGGACUACAGUCUUUCAAUAACUAGUACUACAUCAGGAACUUUAGAAGAAUCUUUUAAGACUGCCUCUGAUAUAUCAGUUAUUAGGGAUACUACAAUUAAUGAUCCAUAACAGCUUAUGUACCCUCCCAAAAUCUCAC